UGUGAAGUGGGAAGAAAUGUUGACAAGUGUCGAGUUUCAGACCUAACGAGCAAAAUUCCCGGUACGCUAGCAGCCGAAUCUUCCAACAAGUUCGCCCGACGCUGGACUUGGACAGUUCAAGUUUUAGACGACACAACAAAUGUGCGAAAGUUCCGAGUGAAUCUUUGUAUCUUUUAACAUUUUUUUUUUUCGGCCCAAGUAAUGGCGGAAAAUUUAGGCAAACGACCUUCGAAGGGGAUUCUAAAGUCGUCGAGCAGUUUCGACUCGCAGGAAGCGCCCAGUCGACCCAGUAAGGAAACAAAGUGGGAUGAGAUGAAUAUUAUUGCCACGCUGCAUCCAGCCGACAAGGAUUACGGUCACAUGAAAAUUGACGAACCAAAAACGCCUUACAACUACGAGGGUGUCGAUAACGAGCAUGAAAGAGACCAACUGGAUUCUUCAAUCAUUGCUGCAAAGCUGGCUGGUAACGAUAAACCAAAAAUCUUGGAGGAAUCUUCGGAUGAAGAAGAUGAAGAGACGCCAGAAGAGAGACAAAAAAGAUUAGCAUUCGAACAGAAACGUAAAGGUCAUUAUCAAGAAUGGCAGGCGGUACAAUUGGCACGAAAGUCAAUGCAGGAAGAGAGCGACGAAGACAGCGACGAGGAGGAUGAAGCGGAUUCAAACUCUCGAUCCAAGUGCGUGCCAUCCUGUGAUAGCGAGCCAGAUUCUGAUUCAAACUCGCCCCAAUAAUCACUUGUUGUUAACAACAGUUUUUCGUUCUCAACCCACUUUAUUGCUAGAAAAUGUAGCAAUUAGCAGCUCGGUAUAAUGUUCACAUAAGCAUUACCUCGGAGGUUCUUUACUGACAGUCCUUACACACAAUUACAGAGUAUAAAAAUUACGGUUGUGAUUUUAAAGUUUUUUUUUUCCGAUCUUCAUUUUUUUUCUUCGCAAAGUACCUACCUACUUAUAUGAUAAUGUUACAAAACAUAUAGUUGAUUUUCAUUUUGAUACGCACAGGUUUACGUGUUAUACGAGUGGCUGCUGAAUUGUCAAUUGUACGCAAAUAGUGAAUUAGUUUUAGGUAUUCCCCUGACUACAUCGCGUAAAAAGGAAGGUAGCUCCGAUUUGUGGUUAAGGAUGAGUGGCCUGUGAAGAGUCUGAUUGUGGAUAAAAAUUUUUGGAAAAAGGAAAAACCGUUUAAAUGAACUCCAACAAUUCCGUUCGUAAUAAUGACGGUGAAUUCUAUUGAAUCAACAUGCCUACUAUGUUAUAGAAUCGAAUCUGAGUAAAUUCGAAUAACACAAGCUAGGAAACCAGUGAUUUAAAGAAAAACUUUCUUAUUAAAACACGUCAAUUACGAGACUCUGGCAUUUUUUUUCUGUUUCUAAUGUCGUUGGCCUUAUUUUAUUCAUCACAGAUUUCCAGAUAUCAGCUGAAAUAAAAAAAAAAAUUUCGGAAAAUUUGUAAAGAUCUACUCAGCGAGUAAAGUGAGCCCCAAAAUAGUAGAAUCUGAUAUCUCAGCUUACAUUAUUCCAAUUUGUUCAAAUUAAUCUUUCUUACACGAUAGGGAUGUGUUUUAUUGGGUUCGCUGUAAUUGGCGCAAAUGAAAUUGGUGGAGAUUUUUGAACUGAUUUUUUCAUUCAGACUCCCGUCAUUCAACGGCCCGUUAACGGAUGAACCGGUUAAACCCUAAAGUUUUUAUUUCUUGAACAGAUGAAGUAAUGAUAAAAAUGUCUGGUAGAAAUAUAAACUCGUUAUACUCGUCAUCCGAAUUAUAUUGACUAUUAUAAGAUAUGUUACUAUUAACUACGAUAGUAAAUCCCGAUUUAUAUUUAUAAUAUUUGCAUGUAAAUAUCCAUUAUUCGCGCGUAGUAAAGAAUCUGUAACGAGUGAUUGUCAUUUACCUACUUAUGCAAUCAAUGCAUUCUGAGUUUCCUCGCGGACUUGAAAGUAUGAUUUAUAGUUCUAGAAAGUUUCUACAAAAAUGACGUUAUAAUACCGAUUACCAUAAUAACGUAAGAAUGAUCUUGAUGAUGAUGAUAAUACUCAGUGAUCAAACGUACUCGAGCUACCUUCUACUUUACCGCGUACAUCGUGAAAUACUAAUUGGGUCGCGGUUAAAUAUAAGGCGUUUGAUAACGUGAGACUGGCCUUACGCUGUAAGCAUGAAAAAUAUACACAAAAGCUGUAACCACAAAGCUUGACGGAUAAAAUAUUUACUGAUUCAAUUUCUUUUCUUCAUGAUUUUAAUAUUUUGAAACAUUCGUGAAACAUUAUGCAGGAUGUGCAAAGUGUGAAGCGUAACGCUAUUCUCAGGUGAACCAAUACACUUUAGACUUUCCAUUUUAAACCUCUACAAAGUUGAACAAAGUGUUAGGGAAAUUUCAUUUCAUUACCACUUAUUAUUUUUAUUAAUAUUAAUAUUAUUGUUAUUAAUAAUUUUUCUAUUAUUAUCAUUAUUGUUUCAUUAGUUAUUAUCAUCACAAUUUUGUGGCUCGACUGCUCUUUAUUGGCUAGUGUUCAUUCAUUCAUUUGCUCUGUUCCUUUAUCAGUAAACGAAAAACUGCUGAAAUUGCAUUAGGACAAGUUUCUUUUACUAAACUUUAUAAAAAAUCAGAUUACUUGGUUAUUAACUUGAAUUAGUUUCAUUCCGUCUUCCAAAGUUAUAUUUAACACUCUCCUCAAUCAAUACUUUUUAACCUGUGACACGAAAUUGAAGAGAUUAAUUUAAUUUAUCGGUUUGAUGUAUGCGAAGAAUGAAGGUUUAGGUAUUUAUUUAAAAUUGUUACCUCUCUUUUUCGUUUACUGAACUUUGCUCUGUAGCCAAAGCUUCGUUUACGUAUUAUAUAAUACAUUAUAUUAUUCCUAUAGCUUCGCUAUUGCGCAACAAGUGAUUUUUUAGCAUGUGUUAUAAAUCUUUUUUUUUUUUCGUGCGUCAUUGCAUGGUGAAAAAUUUCAUGCAGCUUCAGUAUUUAUAAAAGAAAAUGUUUUUAUAUCUAUUUAUACAUGACGUAUAUAAUCCGUUACAUCUUAUUUGUGUUUGAAACAUAAAAAACAAAACCUUGACGAGAUUCGGUAACGCCAUUGUGGUGGUAAAGUUUUAGGAUUUAACUUGACUAAUUUGUUAAAUCUUAACCAGUGAUUAAAUAAACUUAACGAUGUAACGGAGUCUGUAUAACGUUUGCAGAGCAAAUGUAUCAGAUCUGGCUGUAAUGUAAUAUUUGUCCUCUAUAAAAGUAGAAAAGCUAGAGAUGUGUAAGUGAUAUCUGAGUGAUAUAUAUAUAUAUAUAUAUACAUGAUGUGUAUAUAACGUGUAACAGAAAUUUAUAAUAAGUGGCUUAAAUGCAAUAACCGAAAUUUGUACGAGAAGUGUUUAAAUAUUGAAACGUUAUAUUAAAUCAUUCGAAAAUGAA